GAUUGCCGGAUCAUCAGUACACGCCGAGUCUUUUCACGGAGAGCAAACUUGCAUCAGCUUCCCCGGGCACAGUCGCAACACUGUUUUUUUUUUUUUUUUUUUUUCUUUUUUUUCAAUUGCAUUGUAUUUUUCGAUCGAGAGUUAACCAUGAAGAGUGCGGUCGGUGUCCUCUUGCUCGUAGGCGUUCUUGCGCUUGCGCAAGCUUUUCCAGGCGGGGCUCGCGAUUCCGCCGAGUCGACGGAGAUCGACGCGGGGAGGGAUAAGCACAAGGUGAUGGUGCUACUGCCACCGGCGCGGCGAAACAUUUUCGACGAGUUCGGGGACGAGGACGACAGCAGCGACGAAGAAUUCUCCAUGCCUGGCAUGUGGAACCCCUGGAACCCCUUCCCGGACAUAUUCACCAAGAUGCAGGAGACCUUGAAACGAGUGAGGGCAGAGAUGGCGGCGGCGCUCGCCUCCCAGCUCGAGCACGCGGGCGGACUGACGCCGUGGGGCAAAAUCCCCGAGGGAGCAAACACUACGUCGACUACUAAGUUGCUAAAUUGA